GAUGGAUGACGCAGUUGCAGUAUUAUUUCUUUAACUGCUGAAGCUGUCUUGGAUAUCUCAUACCGAAAGAGCAGCAAGUGCUGUCUUAACUUGAAGUUGUCGUGCAGACACUAGAUAAGAUCUCCGAUAAGAAGGCUAAGCCCACCCCUGGCGUCUGUUCACUGUGUAGAGUGGAGACCGCAUUUUUCCAAAGUGAGAUCCAGCGCGUCUUCAAGCAUCGCAUCGCGCAGUCGCAUUCAUUUUGAGAUUUCGUCAAGUUCAACCGUCCAGCACCACCACCACCACCAAGAUCCCCACGCCUGCUUCACACCAGUUAUACAAUCAUAACAACAACAAAAAAAACCAACCUUUUCGCCCUCCACAAGUUCCCAAUCUCUCUCAACUAUAACCACCUACCCACCCUCCAAAAUGCCAUCCAUAACCACCAUCCACGAGUCCCUCCCAUACAUCGACUCCCCCCCCACAUCAACCCAACUAACCACCGCCCAAACCCUCAUUACCCGCGAACGCACCCUCCACCCCGACGACCCCAACCACGCCCUCCUCCCCCCCCCCUACCACCCCCAAUUCCUCACCCCUCUCCUUACAUCCGAAUUCUCCCGCCUCUCCAGUACCUCCCCCCCACCAAAACUAAACGCCCUGGACCUGUCCCGAUACAACACCCUCCCCUCCCAACCCCCCAACCCCACCCCCCACUCCCUCCAGUCAGAACUCUCAAAAGCCUACACCUCCCACGCCUACAUCUCCUCCCGCCGCUCCCACCUCGCCCUUCUAGACACCUACGGAAAAACCGCCUGGUUAGUCGGGAACUACCACCUCGAGGGUGAGCUCAAGGCCCUAGAGAAGGAACUCGCCCAGACCAAACAAGAGAUUGAUCUUGUGACUCUGGCGAGGAAGACAAGACAAGAAGAGGUCGGGUCGGAGAUGAGGAUGCUAGAGGAGAAUUGGAAAAUGGGGGUGGGGAGGGUGUUGGAGACGGAGGUGGCGACCGAGGGGGUGAGGAGGGAGGUUUUGGGGGUUCUUGCCGGAAGGGAGUAAGAGAUUGUUGUUGUUGGCAAAAGAGACUGCGAGAAACGAGGCGGUAGUUCGAGAAGGGGGAGAGAAAGAGGUCAGGUGAAAGAAGCAAGGGAGAUGUGUGAGGUGGGAAUUGUAACGAAAUGUUGGGAGUUUUACGAGUUUACCACAACAGGGGAGGUUCUAUGCUGAGGAUCAUUGUUUAGGGGGCAGAGUAAGGGACAGUCAAGUAAAAUGGGAAGGGAUAUUGUCAUAAAUAUGCUGGAGUUUGGGAAUAUAAAUCAGGGAGAAUAUGUGCUUCACACAGAAAGUGUUAAUAUACUUAAAUAUGGCCAGGUUAUAAACCAAAAGUGCUGCCCAAAGAAUUGUCGAAAGGCGUGAAAAGGG